GAAUCAAAUACUGGUUCUCCUCGUUGGUUUCGUCGAUGCUGUCUACUGCAGACUUGAGCCUGUCGAUGCUUGCUAUUGUUUCCUUCCCUACAAGCAGAAAUAGACCGAUAAGGCUGAAACACGUGCGCCAAUCAUUCGCCACAGCUUUUGUGCAGCUGCUUCGUCAGAUUAUAGUCGGUCCGCGUUAUCAUGUUGAGUGGCCUCAGGUGUUGAAGAAGGAGUUAACAUUGGCGUUGAAUCAUGGGCAUGAAUCUGUUGGAAUCUGAUGCAGGAAUCGGUCGUUCCCAUUGAAUUCUUUGAUGAAGCGAUACGUGAAACUUUGGACGCCAUUUUUUCUCUUUGUCCAAGGAAGCCAGGCAUGCCACUUUUCAUCGUGAUCGAUGAGGAAAAUCUCCCUUGCCGAUGGCGGUGGAUACACUUUUUUAGAUGCGUUUUGGGGUGGCCGACCCAUUCUUCACGAGAUGUUGAUGGUUUGGCAGCAUCACUUGAAGGCUUAUGAUUUCACUCUGAUUGUGGCUGGGACCGAAAUUCCGCGAAAGCAUUUCCAAGGCGAUCAGUGGAGCUACUACCAGUGGACUUCAGAUGCUGGUGACUUCAGCGUCCCUGAACUACAGAGACAAUACAUAUCUAAAUUCCUGCCACCGUCCUUGGCAUCGAUUCUUUCUGGCGAAGAAUUCCAGUUACGCAUGUGGAAAUGGUUUCGCGGGAGGCAUAGAUUUACGGCGUCAGUGAUUUCCCAGCUGCUAUUCAACGAUUUCCAGAGCCCUCAUCGCCUCCUUGACUAUCUUGUCUGGUUAUCUACCGGUUACGAACCACGCGAUGGCGAAGUCUAUAGCCAUGCAGAAGAAUACAGGGACUUUAGGCGUCCUUACAUGCCUAUGGAAAUGCCAGACCCACGAUAUUGUAAGUCUACCAAUUUGCUUUCAUCGAUGUUGACUUCACUGUGCCAGAUCCCUCUGUUAAGGCAGCCGUCCAUGACGCUCUUAUCCACUGCACUGCCUCGUUACUCUUGAUCAUCGUCUGAUCUUUGGGAUUGAUCAAAUUUUGACGCCGUUUCCCGAGGUGUCGGUCGGUUUGUUGAUCCCAACAUGGGACAGAUUGUCAUUGACGAGCCUCUCUGCCUUGUGACAUGUGCCAUGUGCUCGGUGGUU